UGAAAGAACACAAUCCAAAACCCAUAAACUUCAACCGGACAGCGAGUAACAGAAAGAUGGUCGGCGGCGGUGCUUUGACACGUGUUGCUUUCGGCUUAAUCUCCUUCCUCCUCCUCGCCGUGGUUCACAGCCAGGAGAAUUGCAGCAAAACGUGCAUUGCACAGAACUGCUACAGUCUAGGUGUUCGUUAUGGGAAGUAUUGUGGAAUAGGUUACUCUGGAUGUCCUGGAGAGAAACCUUGUGAUGAUCUUGAUGCUUGUUGUAUGACACAUGACAACUGUGUUGAUCUAAAAGGUAUGACUUACGUUAAAUGUCACAAGCAGUUCAAACGUUGCGUAAACAAGCUAAGCAGAUCAAUCAAACAAUCUAAGGUUCAAAAGGUUGGAUUCUCCGAAGAAUGCCCUUAUUCGACAGUGAUACCAACCGUGUACAAUGGAAUGGAUUACGGCAUUUUCUUCAGUGGCAUAGGUAAUAUCCUUAAACCUCCGGUGCUAGGAAGUGCACCUGUAGUGGAGGUGGAUCUCGCUGGGAGUAAAGUGGACACAAAGGAUGGCCUUGGUACAAAUCAAAGCUUUCAAACAAAAGAAGGCUCCAAAGUCUAUGCUUCUUUAAAUAUGAAACCUUCUACUUCUUAAUCAUCUUCUAAAAUGACUUCAUCAACUCCCUAUCUAUCAACUCUGUAAAUCUGCAACUUCGUGUUUAUAGA